GACGAGCUUGUGUCACUUGGUGAAUUAGGGUAUGGGGCCUGUUCGACAGUAUAUAAAAAGUUACACCUCCCAAGUUUGCGUAUUGUUGCUGAGAAAAAGAUAUCUGUCAGCGAUGCACAAAAGUGUCGCCAGAUCGUGCGUGAACUUCAAACCUUGUAUCUUGCCAGCAUCAGUCAGAGUGCGCAGACUGUUCAUAUUUGGGUGUCUGACUUGGGCCCAUUCAAAUGUCCAUUUUCUGUGCAAAAAUACAUCGUUGAUUUCUAUGAUGCAUUCAUCGAUCUAGACAAUGGGCAAUUGAGUGUCUUAGUGGAAUACAUGGACGGUGGGUCAUUGCAGGAUGUUGUAGACUCUGGUGGAUGUCCGCAUGAGACUGUGCUAGCCAAUAUUGCGCAGAGAAUUCUGAAUGGUCUUGUUUACCUCCACAGUAUUCGGAAUUGUAUCCAUCGCGAUAUUAAACCAGCAAAUUUGCUCAUAAAUCACCAUGGUGAUGUUAAAAUUGGAGACUUUGGAACUGCGCGUGAAUGCUCGGCGAGUGUCGUUGAUCGAGGUUGCGAUGCAGCCAACAUCAUGACUUUUGUUGGCACGGUUACUUACAUGUCCCCGGAACGUCUGCUGGGGGAGAGGUAUGACUACACGGCUGAUAUUUGGUCCCUUGGGAUGACAUUGAUGACUUGUGCACUUGGUCGAUUUCCA